GAUCGCGCAGAUCGGAAGUUUCGGAGCUCACGUCUGUUUGAGUGGUGCGCUCCAUAUAAAUAAGCCUUAGCAAAAGUGGCUGCAAGCAUCGUUACAUCACAAAUGAAAGUAUAAAUUGCUACGUGUCGGAUAGUUAUUUAAUUUUGACAAGAGAACAAAAACGAUCGACACUAUGGAUCAACGACUGAUUAGCGUUAUCGUGCUCGGGUUCGGGUUUAUGUUUUUGUUUACCGCCUUCCAAACAAUGGGUAACAUCGAACAAACAGUUAUAGAUAGUAUCAAAUAUGACGAACGAACAUUUGAAGGAGACGGAUACACCAGUUUGGCGGUUAUAUAUGCCACUCUGUCGAUUUCAAACUGGUUGAUUCCGUCUGCGAUGUCGAAAAUCGGACCGAAAAUCGCAAUGCUGUUGGGAUCAAUAACUUAUUGUUUCUUUAUUUUGACGUUUCUUUGGCCGCAGACUUGGUUACUGUACGCGGCCAGUGCCAUACUUGGAUCCGGAGCUGCACUUAUCUGGACCGGACAAGGAAUUUACCUUUCAAAGUGCAGUGAUGAUUCGACCAUUCCUAGGAAUUCUGGAAUUUUCUGGGCUUUGCUACAAAUGAGCAUGUUUUUUGGAAAUUUGUUGGUAUUCUUUUUGUUCCAAGGAAAGAUGCACAUUGAUAAGAACACGCGAACGCUGGUAUUUUCGAUUCUUGCAAGUAUCGCCGUCAUUGGUAUUGGAUUAUUAAGUGCAUUGAAAGUUUCAAAUUCAUCAUUGCGACCAACAGACGACGGAAUACCGGAAGUCCAUCAGAGUCCAAAACAAGCAUUUAUUAGUGCGGUGCGGCUUUUUAAAACAACAAGAAUGCUUAUGUUAAGUGUCUCGUUUGUUUACACAGGUUUGAUUUUAUCAUUCUUCAGCGGUGUUUAUGGAGCCUGUAUUGGAUUUACUAGGGCGAUCGGCGAGCAGGCUAAACAACUUGUAGGUCUCAACGGUAUAUUUCUUGGCGUAGGAGAGGUGCUCGGUGGAGUGGUGUUUGGUUUGCUGGGCAAGCAAACGGCCAAAUGGGGUCGUGAUCCAAUUGUUAUCGCUGGACUUAUCAUACAUGUUGCUAGCUUCUUUCUGAUAUUCAUGAACUUGCCUGAUAGUUCUCCUUUUGGGGACACAGAUGAGGUAUCCUAUUUCCACCCACCUUUGGUAUAUGUCGCCAUUUUAUGCUCUUUUAUGCUUGGUUUGGGCGAUGCUUGUUACAACACCCAGAUGUAUUCUAUGUUGGGAGGAGUUUUUGCCAAAAAUUCAGCAGAGGCGUUUUCAAUAUUCAAAUUUACGCAGUCAGUUGCAGCGGCUGUCAGCUUCGUCUACUCGUCAUAUUUCGGGCUCCGAGUGCAGCUCGCAAUACUUCUAGUGUCUAGCGUAUGUGGCACCAUAUGUUUUUGCUUGGUGGAAUGGGCUGUAAAACGAUCCAGUGCGUUAAUUAGAAACGAUGUUGAUAGUACAGGUCAUAAGGAAUAAACUUGUUUUAAACAUAUUCGUAUUGUUUUGCAUGGUA